AGAGAGUCUUCGCACUCCGUCGCUCGUGUCUCAGUCUUUUCUUCCUUUUGCUGUACCUCACGAUGACGAAGAAGAGAAUAUCGUACUUUAUGGACAAUGACAUCGGUGGCUUCUACUAUGGGCAGCACCAUCCGAUGAAGCCGCACAGAUUGAGCAUGACUCACAACCUCAUGCUAGCGUACGGCUUGUACAGGAAGAUGGAAGUUUACAAGCCUCGGCGAGCCAGUCCUGACGAGCUGAGACAGUUUCAUGCGGCUGAUUACAUCGAUUUUUUGCAAAGGGUCACACCAGACAACUGCCAGGAGUUUUCCAAACAACUAACAAAGUUUAACGUCGGGCGGUCGGGCGGAGACUGCCCUUUGUUUGACGGACUUUUUGAAUUUUGUCAAUUAUACACUGCAGGAAGCAUAGACGGGGCUCGGAAGUUGAUGGCCGGAUCAUCAGACAUUGCAGUUAACUGGGCAGGCGGCUUGCAUCAUGCGAAAAAAUCAGAGGCAUCUGGUUUUUGCUACACAAAUGACAUCGUUCUUGCGAUUUUGGAGCUGCUAAAAUUUUAUCCGCGAGUGUUGUACAUCGAUAUUGACGUCCAUCACGGCGACGGCGUAGAAGAGGCUUUCUAUGUAACGGAUAGGGUGAUGACUGUUUCAUUUCACAAGUUUGGUGACAUGUUUUUCCCGGGGACUGGAGAUGUAUGGGACAAGGGGUCCGGAGCUGGUGAAUACUAUGCGGUCAACUUCCCGCUGAAGGACGGGAUCGACGACGACAACUACGAAAGGGUGUUUCAGCCUAUCAUCCAAAAAGUGAUGGAGAUGUUCCAACCUUCGGCUGUGGUCCUUCAGUGCGGAGCGGAUUCUCUCGCAAAUGAUCGCUUGGGAUGCUUCAAUCUAACAAUUAAGGGACACGGAAAAUGCGUACAGUUUGUGAAGAGUUUUAAUAUUCCGACAUUGGUGCUGGGUGGUGGUGGCUACAAUAUUCGAAGCGUCGCGCGAUGCUGGGUUUACGAAACUGCGCUACUGCUCGACACGGCCAUCGACGACACGAUUCCGUUCAACGAUUACUGGCAAUAUUUUGAGCCAGAUCACAAUCUACAUUUCCCCAAAACUGAUUUAGACGAUCAGAACAGCCGGGAUUACAUCGACAAACUGAAAAUUAAGGUGAUGGAAAACCUGAGAUGUUUAAAUGCGGCGCCUUCUGUUCAGAUGCAAGAAAUGCCGCCAACCUACUUUGUUUCGGAAGAUGAGGAUGAGCGGGAUCCUGACAAGAGGGUGCGGCCUUCGCAAAAGGAUGCGGAAGGAGAGUUUUAUGACCACGACAGGGACAAUGGGAUGAACUCGACGAUUUAGCCAGGAGAAGUAAUGGGCAGCUUAUCAUUCUCGGGAGGCUCUAUACUUCUGCACGACUGGAAGUUUAAAUCCUUUGGCACAUAUUAAUGGGGGAAUCCCGAGGGCUUCAAGCAACGACUACAGUGAAUGUAAACUUUUGUGUAUAUGAACGAGGAAGGAUCCUUCCUCACCAAAAGUAAGAAGACUGAGCAGAAGUGUCGAAAAGAAUUAUUUUGAAAUGUUGGUUUAAAAUGUGACUUGCCCGUACUAUAGCAAUUAGUUGAGGAAAGACGUAGGCGAGGAAAUUGUCCGCGGUGCGCGGCCUCAACUGUCGCUUUACCCGUUUGCCCUCUCCAUGAUUUUGCAGCUGAAAUGCGGUGAGGCUGCGAGACGUCAGUAUGGCCUGAGGACUUGCAGGAGGCUGAAGUAGUGAGCAGGAAAGCUCAGAUUAUUUCUGUUUUUGAUAAUUUUGUAUCCACGUCUAGUGAAAAAUUGGGUUUUGGGAAA